AUGAAAAUACACCUAUCAUCAGAUGAAGUUAAUUUGAUUGUUUAUCGCUAUUUAGUAGAGAAUGGAUUUAUCCAUGCUGCCUACGCUUUUUUUAAUGAAGCAAAUAUAUCCAAAAAUUCGUACUAUAUAAGUCAUGAUGAAAAGCUGCCAUGUCAUGCUCUGGUGACCUUCAUGCAGAAGGCACUGAUAUUCAUAUUUAUAGAGUACCAUACCGAACAUAACAAUGCGAGGAUUUCCUGUAAUGAACCCUUUUCCCUUUUUAAAAGACACGAAUGUUUUGCUGAGGAAAGCGAUUUAUCAGAGGAACAGGAAAACAAAGCAGAAAUUCGGGAGAAUGAGAAAAGCUCCAGCAAUAAUUUAAACACAUUCACCUCGAGUAGCAAAACGUUUGGCAAUAAUAAUAUCGUUAAAGGUAAUUUGCCCAACUCUGUCAGCGUCACUGACGUGAAAAAUGAUCCCUCCCUUAACAGUGUUAAUGGCCAUGGCUCCAGCGAUGCUAAUGCUAAGAAGAACUCUGUUAGCAAGAAAGGUGGGGGAAAAGCUGACAUCGAGGGGGCAAACGGGAAAUCCAACCAGGAUAACAACAAAAAUGUGAACCAGGUUAGUAACGGGAAUGACAAAGACGCCACUAACAACAGUAACAACAGUAAAAACAGUAGUAACAGUAAAAACAGUAGUAACAGUAACAACAGUAACAACAGUAGCAAUAACAAAAGUGAUAGUAAUGCCGGCAAGGCGAAAACGAGCUCGAAGCCCAGCAUUUACAGCAGCAGCUUUUCAAACUUUGCUUCGUUAAACUAUAACGACAGCAACAUAUCUUUUAAGGAUAUCAAGAGGAAUUACGCGAACAUUUUCGCGCAAGCAAAAAAGUCCAAGAAAAGCCCCUCAAAUAAGAAGAAUAAUAACAGUAACACCAGCGGCAGUAACAAUAGCAACAAUAACAGUAACAAUAACAGUAACAGUAACAAUAAGAACAACAAGAACAAGAACAGUGAGUCAGCCAGCGGGCAUAACAACAAUGCCGGGGGAAGCAGUAAAAAAAACAGCACCGUCGUUAGUAGUAGUAACAAGCGCAGUGGAAGCAAUAACACAAGGAGGAAGGAAUCCAACGUGAAAAACGAAUCCGAUCAUAUUAGCACUAGUGGGAAUCAACGAAAAAAGUCCAAAGUUAUGAGAAUUGUGAGUAAAUCCAGUAAGGGGAGUGAAGAUCAGAACAGCAAAUGUAACAACAUGAGUGAUAGCAUCCUUUCUGAUUAUAAAGGGAAGGAAAAUAAUCACGUGUUCAAUAUGAAGGAGGAUAAGGUGACGUCUACUAAGCACAAUUCUGCUAAGAAAAACAAUAACUUAAAUAACAACAUUAAGAAGAAUAAUGUAAACACACCAAGUGGCAAAGGAACUAAUUUGAGCAAUAGUAACAACCAUAGCAAUGCGAAAAAAAGGGAGUUAAGUGGUGGGAACACACGUCAAAGUAGCAAUUCAUCAUCAAAUAAAAAAAAGAAAAAAGUGAAAAAAAAGAAAAAAGAAAGUAUAUCCAGUAAUUCAACAAAUAAUAGCAAGAAAACGAUAAAAAGUUCGCUAAAAAAGGAAAUAAAAGAAAAGGGUAAUAAUAAAAGCGUCACAUCGAAGCAGAAAAAAAAUAACAGACGGGAUGAUGAUGAGGAUGACGAUGAGGACGAUGAUGAUGAAUUGUCUGAUGAAAACUCAGAAGUGGAUUAUUCUGAAUUUUCCAAAGACGAUGAAGAUUAUAAUAGUGAAAACUUUUCCCAUGGCCUUUUCGAGGACAGUACCAAUAAUUUUGCUCACAGGAGGGAUAAUUCCCCACGCAGUUCUAUUAACAAGAAAGCAACAGUGGACAACCAAACGAAUGAUGAUACGUAUGCCAAUUUUAAGAAGAGUAGCAUUGCAAAUGUCAUUUUGAAUUAUUCUUCACAGAAUUCUCCAAUCGAUGGGGUUAAAAGUGAACUGGAUAGCUCCAUUAUAACUGUAGCGCAUUACGAUGGAUGUCCUAAUUAUGUGUAUGAUGGGAAUAUACAGGAAGAAGCAUUAGCAAGCGAAAAGUCGUUAAAUGGGGAUAUUUUAAACGACGCAGCUAUGCUAAUGGGGGAGUGUGGUGAACCCCCCGAGGUGGAAGGAAAAGAAGGGAAUAAUAACUCAAAUAAAAAUGAACUUAAUUUCAGUUUUACAAAUUUUUUGAAUAAGAAAAUAAGUUCUAUUUUUAAUAACAGUUCUGGUAAUGAUGGAUCAAGUGAGGAUAGUCAUAAUAACGAUAGCAAUAAAGAAAGCUUUAAUGGUAAUAGCAAGGGCAGCACUGUUAAGGAUGGUUCAAAGAACGAACAGGUGCUGCCGCAGGAUGGGCAAGAUCCUCCACCAAGUGAGCCCUACGAACACGUCAGCAGUAGUAAAGACCGGUACAACAAAUUUAGCCAAAAGAGCAAGCUGAUAAAGGAUGAAUAUAUGGAGGCUAAAUACGAAAAGGAGCAUCCCAGGAGAGAACAAACGAACGAGGCGGAAGAUGCAGCAUCGGAGGAAGAUGUAGCAUCGGCGGGGGGGUCACCUGUGAGGAAACAGAAAAGAUCAUACGAUUACAAUAGGGGUGUGAAAGGUCAAGGAGGAGUUACCCCCCCAAUGGAAGAACGCGAAAAUGAUAAAAUAUGUGUAGAGGAAAAAAAAAGGAAGAAGUCUUCCAUUUAUGAAGAAAAUUAUAAAAACGAAAUGAACAAAGAAUUUUUUAAAAAACUAACGCGGAAAUCGCCAAAUAAGGGGGCUAACAAAUGUAAAGGGGAUAGUUCAUUAGAUAUGAAGGAGGAAAAGGAAGAUGGUGAACUUGGUCGAGGAGUGGAGAGUGAAUUCAGAGGGGCCGAAAAUGGUGACCUGCACCAGUUUGGGCAUGAUGGAAACGCGGAAUUGGAUAAGGCAAAAAUAGGAGGACAUAAUAAAAUAUCGUUUAAUAAAUCUGACAAGAAUUAUUAUAACAGAAGCCCUAGUACUGCCAACGGGGAUGAUCACGAAUCUUAUGAUAAGAUGGAUGAAAAUUCCCCUGGGGAAGGGACUUUUUUAAAAACAAACGAAAGGAAAAACAGUAUGGAGGUGCACACAGCGAGGGAGGUAGGCGAAGAAAGGAGCAAAAAUUAA